UGACUGUGUUUUGGUGGUUUAUUUGGCGCUGAGACGCGACCGCUGUCAGUCAGUCGAGCUCUGCUCUGUUUAUCUCACAGAGACGCCUUUUCUCGCAGCGAAUGGAAUCGCCACAAAAAUGCGUUGCUAAUGAAUGUGUUUCUGCAAUAUGAAGAAUGGAAGAAGACGAUGUGACGAUUAGAGAGCAGAAUUUCCACAGCCAAGUGCGCGAGUACAUUGUCUGCUUCCUCCUGUUUGCAGUGCUGUACAUUGUGUCGUACUGCAUCAUCUCACGCUACAAGAGAAAAAGCGAUGACCAGGAAGAUGAAGAUGCCAUCGUCAACAGAAUAUCUAUGUACCUGUGCACAUUCACUCUGGCAGUGUCUGGAGGAGCUGUCCUUCUCCUACCAUUUUCUAUAAUCAGCAAUGAGAUCCUGCUCUCCCUACCAAAAAACUACUACAUACAAUGGCUCAAUGGAUCACUCAUUCAUGGCCUGUGGAACCUCGUGUCCCUUUUUUCAAAUCUCUGUCUCUUUGUGCUGAUGCCUUUUGCCUACUUCUUCCUGGAGUCUGAGGGCUUCGCCGGUUCAAAAAAGGGCAUAAAGGCUCGCGUGCUGGAGACGUUUGUCAUGCUCUUUCUGCUGGGUCUCCUCAUCCUGGGUAUUGUAUGGGUGGCGUCCGCUCUCAUCGACAAUGAUGCCGCCAGCAUGGAAUCGCUCUACGAUUUAUGGGAGUUUUAUCUGCCAUACCUCUACUCCUGCAUCUCUCUGAUGGGAGGCCUGUUGCUGCUCAUGUGUACUCCAGUAGGACUGUCACGCAUGUUCACAGUAAUGGGCCAAUUAUUAGUCAAACCCACGAUUUUAGAGGAUCUGGAUGAGCAGAUUUAUUGUAUACAGCUGCAGGAAGAGGCCUUGGAGCGUAGACUCAAUGGUAACAUGUCAAACUCUUAUUUCCAUGGAAACUCUCAGCACCAUCUCUACAAAGAUCUGGACAACAUUCGCAAUCAGAGGAACAAACUCGAAAGGAGAAAGAAGGCCUCAGCCUGGGAAAAGAACCUCCUUUACCCCAUAGUGAUGCUGAUCCUGCUUGCUGGAACGGCGAUUUCUGUUCUCCUGGUUGCCCUGAACAUUGUGUACUUGCUUGUCGAUGAGACGGCUUUGCCAAAGGGUUCAACGGAAAGAGAUAUUGGCAAUGCCUCAUUGUCCACAUUUGGAGUUGCCCAGGCGGUUAUCGAAAUCAUUCUCAUGUUUUAUCUGAUGGUCUCAUCUGUGGUUGGCUUCUAUAGCCUUCGCAUCUUUCAGGAGCUCACACCCAGAAAGGACGACACUACCAUGACAACGAUCAUUGGUUGCUGUGUAUCUAUUCUAGUGCUGAGCUCGGCCUUGCCUGUCAUGUCCCGAACACUUGGAAUAACAAGGUUUGAUCUCCUGGGUGAUUUUGGACGUUUUAAUUGGCUCGGAAAUUUUUACAUCGUACUUUCGUACAAUCUUCUGUUUGCUGUGGUAACCACUUUGUGUCUGAUCCGAAAAUUCACAUCUGCUGUGCGAGAGGAACUCCUCAAAGCCCUCGGUCUGGAUAAAUUAAAUCUGUCCAACAGUACGGCAGAUGCAGAGUCGGGGAAACACGCCGUCAACGGGCAUCAGAAAACUCUGUGAGGAAAAAAAAAAAUCAAGCCGUUCUCACACAAAUCAUGUAUGUGUAAGCAGCUGGCUUCUUCAUUUUAACAGUACGGUGGUAUUUAGUGAGAGAGAAUCAAAAAAACAAAUCAGAAAAGAGUUGAAGUGUUUAGCCUACAAUACAGUAGUGUGUAUAUACCACUGAACCUCACUUCAGAAAGCUUCCAGCUCUAACCAGGCUGAGAUUCACAAAGACUUCAUUCGGGUUAUCAGUGUUUGUUGUUCAGCUUGUAAAUGCUUUCAUUUCAAUUCUCUUAAGUGAGAAAAUGUUAUUUUGUUCCUGACCUGCACACCUGAAAGGCCUCCCGAUUGCACCCUUCAAUGAGGGAUUAUUAUUAUUAUUAAUUUUAUUAUCUAUAAUUUUUCUCUAGUUUGAUUAGGGGAAAUAUUAAGCUGUUUGCCAAGCUGAUAAUUUCAUGUGUAAUGAAGCAUGCAUUAUUCUCAAUUAGGGCUUAUUAUUUUCCUCCGUAAUUAUUGUUUGAUGACAUUUUGCGCCCUUGUAGAUGAGUAUAUUGUGUAAAGUUAAAUGGACCUUGUUAAAUGAAACUGGUUUAGUUCCCAUAAAAAUAACACAAAUGCUAUAUAAACAUUUUUGAUAAUGCCAAGAGAGGCAUCUUUAUUACACAUGAUAUUGGUACUAAUAUUAGAAACUAUAUUUUCUGAAGGAUUGCGUUCAAAUUUAACACUGCAGUCAAAUCAUUGCAGUUAGUCUGCGCGCACACACACACACACACACACACACACACACACAUAUAAAUUUAACUUAAGUUCUAGAUGCUUUAAUGCCAAAUUACAACUGGAUCUUAUGAAAAUGGGGCACAUUACAAAAUUAGUUAAAGAAAAUAAUACACAAGCAAAACAUGGCGGCCAGUCACAAUGACAAAUACUAAAUGUCUAUUGCUUGAAUUUUGACGUGUAAAAGUCAGUUUUGUAAUCUGAAAACUUGUUACUUUUUGUCUGCCAUCGCAUAUGUUUACAUUCACUUUGUUAAAAUGAAGAUCAAUUAUUAUUUAUAUGUUGAUCAAUUAUAAAUGAGGAAGCAUUGUGAUUUUAGUUUCCUCAUGCUUUACUGUGACAAUUCAGGUUUGUUGGAUGUGACAGAAUUAAGUAAUGGGAAUUGACAAGGAAACUCCCCAAACAUGUGCCUUACUCACAAUAUUGGCAUAUACUGGGUAGUACUGAAAUAUUACAAAGAGCGGGGGAGCCUACCUGCCAAAUUUCUUCUUGCACUGCAGCUGCUCUUCUUGUUUUCAUUGGUAGGCAAGGUUCAGAGAUGGACAUUAUGGGUUCGAGUCACUACCAACAACCAGCUUAAUACGUUAUUGUGUUUACUUGAACUGGCUGUGUUUCACCACAAGAUUUAACACGUUUAAUGGCGCGUAGUGUAUUGUGGUCUUAAAUAAGGGAGGCGACAAAAUUGAAAAGACGGCAGAGAAAUGCUACCAAAUAUUUGAGAGAAGGUGAGGCACAAUCUUGGGAUAUGCUUCCUGAUCCUGUACUUAAAUCUGCUGCUACUUCCUUCACAACAUUUGAUACUUUACUAUGCUACAUGUACUACGCAAACCGAGAGCAUAUAACCAGUAAUAUACAUCUUUUGAACUUGGUUAUUGCUGCAGAGCUUGUAAGGAUCUAUACGUUUGCCUUAUUUCGACAUCACUAGCAAAACAGCCUUCAAACAUCUAGUCUGUACCUCUGCGGCUGCUUUGCUUUUUGCAAAUGGCAGAUUAUCCACGAACAGAUAUUUGUAUGUUUUUCCACACACUCUCAUGCUGGAUUUUAAGCCAGCUCAGUCUGUUCAGUCUAACAAAAUACUGGUCUACGCAGAUCAGAAGCUAAACUCCUACAUUAUGUAGGAUCUUGUAUAUAAAGGCUGCGGAAACAGGACCGCAGAGCCACAUCAGUCUGAUUCACAUCUGUUAAAGCUUGUUGUGCAGAGAAAUGAAUGUGAAGUCCGAGCGGAGUCGGUUGUCAUUACGCAUCAUUGAAGGGUCUUCUUUGCAGCUAUGAAACAGUGUCAUAGGUUUUUUUUUUUUCCCUAAAUGUUACUGAUUACGCAGUUAAUGUAUGAUAUGUUCAGUAUAGUUUUCAAACAUUCCCAAAACCAGUAGGCUAAAAGAACGUGAACAAAUCUGUUUUGGCCAUUCCUGACAUUUCUCUUAAAGUUUCGUGUAAAACUGAACUUUCUGGAAAAAAACUGAAAACUAAAUACAGUUUUCAUUUCUUUAACUAUGGCAAGCCUCGUAAUAAUGUAAAUGAUGUAUUUACGUGUAUAUACAGUAUAUUUCUUCUUUUUAUUUUUGUAGAAUGUAGAUAUGAAAUGGCUUCUGAGCCUCAUUCAUACUAUGCUAUUUGUGGAAAAGGCCAGACGAUUAGUCAUUUAGCAUUAUUGUACAAAAACAAACAAAAAAAAUCACCUCUGAUGCCUUAAACGGGCUUUUUAGGCUUUUUUUUGUUUUUGUCUCCUCUUGUCCAGUAUUGAGGAGGCAAGUUGUGCAUGUGUGAGACGUACAAAUGAGUGAAAGAGUGAGACAGAUUGUUAGUUUGUGUACCUUUUUAUUGACUAAUUCACUGUGAAUCCCUCUUGUGAUUGUCAAUAACACGGCAUACCAAAACAACACCCGUAUCUUUUAACUCGAACUGGCCAAAGUCAAAAGAAACUAUCAGGGCACUGAUAUCGAACUCUAAAGUUUGGGCUGAAAUCAUUUUAAGAAACGGAUCGAAUUUUGCGUCCGCAGAGGUCUAGGAAUUACAUGAGGGACACUGAAUUCAAAGCCUGUGAAAAGGCCAUCGAAAAAUAUUGACACCUCAGUGGGUUCAGUUUGAUGCAUUGUUUUGUGGUUUUUAUUGUCAUGGAUUUAAAAAGAAGUUACAUGUAAAAUAUCUUCCUGUUGAUUUGCACAAAGAACAUUUUGUAAGAAAAUAACUGGGGAAUAAUAAGUGUAUUAUGUCAAUAACUGUGUCAUUGGAGUAAGCUUUGUGUGUGUAUGUGUAUUAAACUUUAAUGUCACUUUUGUCUGCACAAACUUCGUAAUGCCAGAGCAUCUUUUAUUAUUAUUAACUAUAUAAUACUAAAUUCUUAAUUUAAUUGGUUUAUGAGGAAUGUUGCUGUUACUUGUUAUGCAGGACAAGGACUGGUGUGUGAGUUGGUGUGCUGGAUUUCUCAAAAUAGAGCCAUUUGCAGUGAUAUACUAGAAAUAACUGUGAAAGAAAAAGAAGCCGAUUCAUUCCAUAUUCUAUAAUCUGCUUAUCUGUACAACAUUGGGUGCAAGGGUUACAAAAAUGUAGUACAUCAAAGAUGCUGUGGUGUUUGAGUUUAUCAGUCUGUUGAACUGUUGACUUUACUAGAAAGUGUCCUGGCUACAUGUCUGUCAGUCACAUUUGAACUCUCAUCUUCCGGAAAGCUUAAUUCUGUUUCCAUUUUUGCCUGUUGCUUCUUUUACAUGUGUGAAUGUAUUUUCAGAAUGUUUUCUCUCUCGUGUUUUGUAGAGUUUAAUUGCAUUUGUUUGUGAAGCAAAAUGUUCGGAUUGUCUUUAGUUUACUUUGUAUUUCACUUCAGUUUACAAUAAAGUUUGUGACUUUUU